AUGGAGCCACUUCUGCAGGUGCUCGCCGCCGCCGACUCCACUGUCCGGGAGGGGCUCAACACCCAAGUUCAAGCCCUGGCGGAAGAGCGGACGGCCCUGGAUGCCGAAUGGGCUCAGCUUGUGGCGGACCGCGCGCGAGUCGACGAGGGGCACCGUGCCGUGGAGGACAUGUACGAGGCCCAUGCCGAGGACCUGGCGGAGAGGGUCAGGAAUGCGCGUGGCACCCUCGACGCAGCCGCUGCCCACGAGCGGCGAGCAGCGGAGGCCGACACCUCGUUGCAGGCCCGGACUGCGGCACUCGAGGCUGAACGCAAGGCCUUGGACGAUCGUGCCCGCUCCGUGCAGGAGUUUGAAGCCACGAUCCGUCGGCGGAUUGAGGUCCUUGAUCGGAGCCAGCGCGAACAAAACGCGCGCGGCCAGGAACAGGCGCAGCGGGCCCAGGAGCUGGAGGAGCAAGCACGCCUGCUGGAUCAGCGGGAGUCCACCUUGGCCGCCCAUGAGAGAACGGCGGCGGAAACGGAGGCCUCCCUUCACCUUCGUGAAGAGGCCGCGGCUGAGCACGACCGGAUCACUCUCGCCGCGGAAGCUUCCGCGGGCCGCCGCGCGGAAGAGCUACGGCUGCGGGAGGAGGCGUGCCGGGAACGGGACGCCGCACUCGCCGAGCGCGAAGCCGAGGUAAACCGCCGCGAGGUAGCCUUGCGCCGGCUGGGCGAGCAGCUUGCGAAGCGCGAGGAGGCUGCUGCUGGGCGCGAGGCCCGGCAUCUGGAGAGCGCUUGCGCUGAGCGCGCGGCGAUAGCGGCGAGGGCUUCCGAACUGGAGGCCCGGGAGAAGCACCUGGCAGCCGGCGGGCCGCCCGGCGGCGCGGGGUUGGCGAGCGAGCUCGCUAAGGCUCAGAGUACCCUUGCCGACCUGGGGCGCCUGGUGCAAGAUCAGGCUGGGGAGAUCGCGGCCCUUCGCCUCACCAACGAACUCGGGCCCGGGCAGCUCUCCGACGCCGUCGCUCGGCUGGAGCGCGCGGCGCGCCGAGUCGGCGUUCCCAUGCGCCAGCAUAGCCAACUUCCGCCCACACAACCAGCGCUCGCGUUCCGGUUGGACGGGCUAGCGGCGGGCCUGGAGAGACUGGAAGAGGAGGUCGGCGAGACCAUAAAGUCCUCGUCAGCUUCUUUGGCACGGGCCGCGGUGGAGCUGGUUCUUGCAAGCCACCAAGCGCGCGACCCCGACUUCAUGCCGUGGUGCGCACUUGAAGAUUUUCCCCCAGGAACUGAAGCGAGGGCCCGGGAGCAAGUUCGGGAGGCAGCCGACGCGAUUUUCUCGGGCUUCGAGGGAUCGGCCCCCCGCUUCACCUCCGGGCUCGCCUCGGACGAAGAAAGCGGGAGCGGGGGUGACGAUAGCGACGAAGACUAG